AUGUCUCACAGGAAAUUUUCUGCUCCUCGUCAUGGAUCCAUGGGAUUCACUCCAAAAAAAAGAUCAAGAAGACAUCGCGGUAAAUGUAAGGCUUUCCCAAAGGAUGAUCCAUCUAAGCCAGUUCAUCUUACUGCUUUUAUGGGAUUCAAGGCUGGUAUGUCUCACAUUGUUCGUGAAGUUGAGAAGCCAGGUUCUAAAGUCAACAAAAAAGAAGUUGUCGAAGCCGUUACCAUUAUUGAAACUCCACCAAUGGUUAUUUUCGGAAUUGUUGGAUACAUCGACACUCCACGUGGACCACGUGUCUUGAAAACUGUCUUUGCUGAACACUUGUCUGAAGACUGCAAACGUAGAUUCUACAAAAGCUGGUAUCGUUCAAAGAAGAAGGCUUUCUCUAAGUAUGCCAAAAAAUGGCAAGAUGAAGUCGGUAAGAAGAGUAUCGAAUCUGAUCUUGAAAAGAUGAAGAAAUACUGUUCUUCUAUCAGAGUUCUUGCUCAUACCCAAAUGAAGGUUCUUAAAAGACAACAAAAAAAAGCUCAUAUUAUGGAAAUUCAAGUUAAUGGAGGAACCAUCGCUGAAAAAGUUGAUUGGGCUAAAGAAAAACUUGAAAAACAAAUUCCAGUUGAACAAGUUUUCAGCCAAGAUGAACUUAUUGACUGUAUCGGAGUUACCAAGGGUAAAGGAUUCAAGGGUGUCACUUCUCGUUGGCACACAAAGAAACUUCCAAGAAAGACACACAAAGGUCUUCGUAAAGUCGCUUGUAUCGGAGCUUGGCAUCCAUCUCGUGUUGCCUUCACCGUUGCUCGUGCUGGUCAGAAAGGUUACCAUCAUAGAACUGAGAUGAACAAGAAGGUCUUUAGAAUUGGCAAAUCAUGCCUUACCGCUGAAGGAAAGAACAAUGGUGCUACAGAAUUCGAUUUGACUGAAAAGUCUGUCAACCCAAUGGGAGGUUUCCCACAUUAUGGUCUCGUCAAUCAAGAUUUUAUUAUGAUUCGUGGAUCAUGUAUGGGAUCAAAGAAGAGAGUUAUCACUUUAAGAAAAUCUCUUCUUACUCACAAAAAAAGAUUUGCUUUUGAAAAGAUCAAUCUUAAAUUUAUUGAUACAACAUCCAAAUUUGGACAUGGUCGCUUCCAAACCUCUGCUGAAAAGAAAGCAUUCCUUGGAAAACUUAAAAAAGAUUUUGAGGCUGAACAACAAGCUUAA